GCGGUUCUCCGCCUGUCGGCGUCCUGCCUCCCCCAUCGCCCGCUGGCGGGGACGCAGGAAGCCGGGCGCGGCGGGAGUGGAGCCGCUUUUCUGCCGGGCCGCGCGAGCCGGUGAGCGGGCCCCCCGGGCCCCCCCUCCCCCGCACUGUCCCAAAGGUGCCCUCCCGCCGAGGUCCUCGUCAGCGCCGUCGCAGACCCGCCUCGCCGUGGGCGUCCCGGGCCCCUUCCCGCUUGUGGCGGGCUCUGGGUUGAGGAUCCAGGAAAGUCUUGUCCCAUUCCUGAGCUGCCCCAGCCUGGGAUGGCUGGGGACCCCCAUGCCUGAGGGGUCUCUCCCAAGCCGUUCCCAUCCUCCAGGGCCUAGGGGGCUGGGGGAGGCACCGGCACCGGCACCGGCACCACGCAAGGCCUGGCCUGAAAUCACGCGGGCGCUGCCUGGGCGUCCCAGACGCCCCACCCAGAGGAGAUCCGUCCUGGGGAGGGUGGGAAAGCAGAAUGGAAACGAGAGCCAGGACGGCAGGGACGGGGCCAGGCUGGGAAGAGCUCAUGAAGUCCCUGUGGCCUACCUAUCCCAUCCCCCACCCAGGCUGAGGUCAGCCGGCCCCUGAAUGUGGGGGAACCUUUGGAGGCAGAGAGAGGAGGAGGGUGACCUGCCCCAGUUCGAGGAGAUCUGGAACGCCCUGUUCCUUCCAUAGCCCCUGCCAAGUGCAGAGGUUUGAAGACUUGUCAGUCCCAACCUCAAGCUGGUUCUGGCAGCUCUUCUGUCCAGAGGAAGCCCUACCACUGCCACCCUGUGUCCUGGGCCCUGCCUCAUAUGGGGUCUGGGGAGGGAGGGAUCUUCAGGGACUGCUCUGGGGCUGGUGGUUCUUCCUUUAACCCUCACCGUGGGAAAGGAGCCAUCCCCUCCACUCAGCACACCAAGACCCUGCAAGAGAGCUUUGGCUCACUCCUGUGACCAUGCCUGCAAGCUUAGCGGGGCAGAGAGGGGAUUCUGAGGGCCUAGGGAGGGCUCUGGCGUCAGAUGGGAAGCCCUAAAAACAAACCAAGGUGUGUGUGCAAUGUGUGAAGGACAAGAAAUGCUAUUUGAAUUUGUGCCCUGCCCAUAAACCCAGCUCCCUGCCACUUGGGCGUGAAGGUAGUCUCACUCUGGGCUGGGGUUCCUGAGGGCUGAGGUGGGCAGCUCCUGUGAAAAGCUGCUCACUUCCAGUCCCAGGAAGUGAGAGUGAAGUGUCUCUAGCCGCAUUUCUUUCUUUGCCUCAACCACAAGCCAGGCAGUGAUCAUGAUUCAUGGUGCCCAGUACAAAGGAAAGACCACUUCCCUGCUGGGACAGAAUUGGAGCCAAAGCACCCAGCCCCAUCUCUGCUCUGCUCUGCUUGACUCUCCUGGAAUGGACCUGUCGGCCAGGAAGCCAGAUCACCCCUGGUCCUGGCCUUGCCUGCCUCCCAGGGAACACAGGACCCCUAUGCAGCAUCCUGGUGGGACGCUUUGGCUGCAGAGUGACGGUGAUGCUGGGGGGCGCACUGGCCAGCCUCGGCAUGGUGGCCAGCUCCUUCUGCCACACCCUUAGCCAGCUCUACCUCACGGCAGGAUUCAUCACAGGCCUGGGCAUGUGCUUCAGCUUCCAGUCGAGCAUCACGGUGCUGGGCUUCUACUUCUCCCGCCACCGGGCACUGGCCAACGCACUGGCUUCAGUGGGCGUCUCCCUGGGCAUCACGCUCUGGCCACUGCUCUCCCGCUACCUCCUGGAGAACCUGGGCUGGAGAGGCACUUUCCUCAUAUUCGGCGGGGUCCUUCUCCACUGCUGCGUCUGCGGGGCCAUCCUGAGGCCUGUGGCCACCAGCACGGCCCCUGAGACCAAAGAAGGCCCCCCUCCACCUUCCAAGACAUCUGCACCUGGCUGCCUGGCAGCCAUCCAGCGCCACCUGGCCUUCGACAUCCUGCGGCACAACACGGGCUACCGAGUGUUCACGCUGGGCGUUAUGUGGAUGAUCCUGGGCUUCCCGCUGCCUCACGUCUUCCUGGUGCCAUACGCCACGCGGCAUGGGGUGGACGAGCACAAGGCGGCCCUGCUCAUCUCCAUCAUCGGCUUCAGCAACAUCUUCCUACGGCCCGUGGCUGGGCUGCUGGCAGGCCGGCGGGACUUUGCUGGCCACCGGAAGUACCUGUUCAGCCUGGCAGCCCUGCUCAAUGGCCUCACCAACCUGGUGUGUGCAGCGUCGGCGGACUUCCGGGUGUUGGUGGUCUACUGCUUGGUGUACAGCGUGUCCAUGAGUGGCAUUGGUGCCCUCCUCUUCCAGGUGCUCAUGGACAUUGUGCCCAUGGAUCGGUUCUCCAGCGCCCUGGGCCUCUUCACCAUCCUGGAGAGCAUCUCCAUCCUUACCUCCCCGCCACUGGCUGGGCUCCUCCUCGACACCACCAACAACUUUAGCUACGUUUUCUACAUGUCAAGCUUCUUCCUCAUAUCAGCUGCCCUCUUCAUGGGUGGCAGCUUCUGUGUCCUGCAGAAGAAGGAGAGGCAAGGCAGGCCGGCCGAGGCCGAAGGAGCCGUCACAGAAGUUGCCUCAGAGCGAGGCCUCACAGUGGAGGACCCACGUGGUUCCGAGAAGCAGCUGUACACCGAGAUCACAUAUGUGACCAGCGUCUGAGCCCUGGGAUCGUGUGUGUGACCAGCGGCUGAACCCCAGGGUCUUGUGUGUGACCGGUGGCUGAGCCCUGAGGUCAGUGAGUGACCACUGCCUCAGCCUAGGGAUGUGAUGUCCAGCUGCCAGAGGCUGGGGUGAAGGGCUCACCAGGAAGCCUGAACCAAAAGCCAUCCAGGCUCUGUACAUUGGGACUCAGCCAGGAGCUGGGACCUUGGAGGCUGGCCUCCAAAGACUCAGGGUUCCUUCCAACCAGCAGAAUCCAGGAGCGGGUCCUCCUGACUUUUCCCCUUGGGUACCGGAGUGAGUCUAAACCCUCCUCGGCUCAGCUGGCUGCCCAGUAUUGCUGUUGCAAGUCAGCACACUAGACCCUCCAGUCUAGCUCAAUGUCUCUGAUGUGAUCUCUUUGUCCUUCUCCGGCCUCCAGACAGUUCCAAAGACCCCACCCCACCUCUGAGGCCCUCCUGCCUCAUUUCUUCUCAAGUGCCCCAGCCUUUGCCUUAGGGCUGCCCACAGCACAGGUUGCUGGGCCUCAUGCUUACUGGAACCUUGGGAAGAAGAACCUCGUGUGAGAAUGAGUUAUGGCCGGUGAUGGUGGAGGGCCAGGCUGAGGGGUUGGCCUGGAUGCAGGCUACGGACAGAUGAAAUGUUGGGUAGAAGAGCCAUCCUGGCGUCCCAGCCAAGAACUGGAGGGGAGCCCUUCCUUGGCUUGAGUCCUAGAAUCAGUGUGAGGAGUCCCUGCACACUGAGCAGGGCCUGCUCUAGGGUCUCCCUCCCUCCCUUGCCCUCCCCUCCCCCUGCC